AUGAGUGUUGCGCAUGAUAAUGUUAACGCUGAAAUUCCUAAAUAAUAAUCGGGAAUAUAGGCCCAAAACACUUAGAAAGAGCUUAAAAUUGUCCUUUUUGAGGAGGAUAAAUCACCUGACAGUUUAACUCCAGCAAAUAUAGAUAGGAAAAAAUAAAAUUUUUUUCAAGAGUCAAAUGGCGACAGCAUUAGUAAUGAUAUGACUGAUAGAGAUGGUAAAUCCUUCGCUUUCACCACGGAUCGUUAAUAUGGUUGGACAUAAGAGUUCAAAAAUGAGAAGAAAACGAAGGAAAGAUUGAAACAUUAAGCAACGCAAAUACGAUAAAAGCACCAGUCGUCAUAACUAAAUUCAGAGAAUCUAAAAAAAUUGAACACUAGGCAAUUCUUAACUCGCUAAGGAACUAUUUCCCCAGCAUUUAUGAGGAAAAGAUCUGAAAUAAAAUUGGAAAACAUUGAAAAUAACUAGGAAGAAGCAGACUCCGAGAUAGAUGAUAUGCUCAGUUAGAAUGAUAAAUUAAACGUUGAGAGAAGUAAAAAUGUCUUAUAUCCUGAUUCAUCCUUUAAAUCCUUCUGGGAUAUUACUUCAUUUUUGUUUGUACUCUAUCAAAGCAUUAUGCUGCCUUUUAAGAUAUCAUUUGAUGUAGAAAUACCUGAAUGGAUUAUUUACUUUGAUGUGUUUUAAGAUGCAUUCUUCAUUAUGGAUGUUCUAAUGAACUUUAAUACAGGAAUAUAUUAAAAAGGUGUACUGACAAUGCAACGAAAAGAGAUUAUCCAAAAUUACAUUAAAUCUUGGUUUUUCAUUGAUGUUAUUGCUAGCUUUCCAUACACUUGGGCAAUAUCUUUUGCAAUGGAGCUUAGUUUUGUUGAGUUAGAAAACAGCACCUCCGCCAGUCCUGUUUAUAAAACUCCUAGACUGCUUAAGUUGUUUAAAAUUGCUAGAAUGCUCAGAAUGCUGAAACUUCUCAGAAUUUUCAAAGUGCAAAAAUUCAUGCUUAAGUUAGAGGAACAUAUAGUUACAGAUUUCAUGAAUUUACUGACGACAUUCUUGUUUCUUGGAAUGUAAAUAAUGUUUAUCUCGCAUUGGCUUGCUUGUUUUUACUGGUAGAUAGGUGUAUAAACGCUAGAUGAUAGUGCAGAUACUUGGAUAAGAAGAGCUAAUAUGCAAGAUGCUUAUGUCCUCGAAUAAUAUAUCACAUCUCUAUAUUGGGCCUUUACUACAAUGGUCACUGUUGGAUAUGGAGAUAUCACACCAAGAUCUACUAAUGAGCGUAUCUAUACAAUGUUAGCUAUGAUAGUAGCAAGUGGAAUGUUCUCUUUUACAAUUAAUUCUAUUGGAACAAUCAUUACGAGAUAUAAUAUUCUGGCUGCUAAUUAUAGAGAGAAAAUGAAUUAUGUGAAUAAAUUUCUUCUAACUUAGUAAAUUCCAAAUCAAUUGAGGAUAAAAAUAAGAAGAUACCUUGAGUAUAUGUGGGAGUCAAAGAAAGAAAUAAAAAUUGAUGAAAAGGAUGUAAUGGCAAUGCUAAACGAAGGCCUUCGAGAAAAGAUAACUGUUUACUUGAAUGGAAGAAUUCUUCAAGGCAUGAAAUUUUUUGAACCAUUUGGUCUUGAUGUUUUAAGUGAAUUGACUUUCUAUUUUUAGAGAAUGUCAUUUGCACUUGAUGACCACAUUUUCAUUGAAGGAGAUUCACCUUAGUUCUUAUAUUCUAUAGUAUAAGGAAAAGUUGGGAUGAUGCAUAAAUCCACCCAUACUUAUUUGUCUGAGUUAAGAGUAGGUGACUCAUUUGGCGAAAUAGGCUUUUUUACAGGUAAUCCUCGUAUGUUAUCAAGCAAAUCCAGAGAUUACACCUAAUGCUAUGUAAUUGACAAAAAAGACUUUAUGAGAAUAGCUGAGGAUUACAUCACAGCUAUUAAGAAAGGUCAUGUUGCCUUAGGUUGUCCUUUCUGGUAGUCAAAAAAGGGAAAUAUCAUGAAAGUUCUUCGCAGACUAAGAAAAAAAGAAUUCAAAGAAGACACAAAUGGUAUUAAAGUUGACUAAUCAAUUUCUAAUUCUUACGUGUAUGAAGAAGAUAAUCCAGCAAAAGCACCUAAUAGAAAAUUUGGAGAAUAUGCAGUAGAUAAAUUAUUGCUCGCGAGUAGAGAGGAAACAGAUGACAUUAGGAGUAAAAAUAUUCUCUUGAGAGAAAUAUACAUGCAUCAUGAUGAAUAAACUGAGUAAUAGAACCAUAAAUUGAUUGAAUUAAUCUUUAAUGAGGAUGUUAAGAGAGAGCAAGCUAAGAAAAUGAAGAAAUAUAGAAAAAAAAUGACUAUAAAAGAAGAGGAAUAUGAAAAUCAAGAGACUUAAACAGGUUUUACUUCACUUAUAAACAAAAAUAAUCAUAGUUCAACCUUAAGCACCACAUUGCAGCAACAACAUCAAUAAAUCAAGAAUAAUUUAGGAAAUUAAUUAGCUCUUAAGCGUAGAGGUACCUUAGCUCCUUAGAAGUUUAUGUCUACCAUUGAACCAAAAAAAUCAAGUAUCCCUAUACAUUAAGGUCAUAGCAAUAAUGCAUUUCAAUUAACUCUUGAUCAUAAUAAAAACGUUUUUUCCUAACAGACAAAUAAUCGAUUCGUGGUAAUUGAAGAGCUAGAGAGCUCUGCUAAACAGCAUAGUUUAGUUACCGCAUAAUUUGGAGAAUUGAAUUAUGACACUCAUCUAGACGUGCAUACUAUACCUUUUGACAGUUAAAAUAGUAAUAGUUAUAAUAAUAAUACUGUUAGUUUGCACAAUAACAAUGAAAAUAUCAACUUACUUAGUAGCCCAUAGCAUGUUGAAAAAAAUUCCAUCAAUUUUGCUAAAAUAAAUGAAAACUGCUUAACUUUAUCCUCUAAUAAUAGUAUAAAAUAGCUUGAGGAUGAAAUAUUGAGAAAUGAUUUGUGCGGAUCCUCAAUUGAAACAUAAAGCAUAUUUGAAAUUGUUAAACCACAAAAUAUAAAGCUUAGUUCAUCAAUGACUCUUAUGACAGAAGAAAUGAAAUAAAUUGAAAGAGAUCAUUCCUAUUAAAGCAACUUAAAUAUCAUUGAUGAUUAUGAGAAAUAAUACACUGUAAAUUAAGUUAAUGAGGGUAAAGGGAAGGAACACAAUAGUGAAUCGACAAAUACAAAAACCCCAGAGUCGAAUAAUAAUAAUAUAAGUGAAAACAGUUCAAACAACAAUCAUAAUGUUCCAAAGCCUACUCUUAUCGGUAUAAUUCCAAACUAUAAAUAAUACUCCUCCCACAUGCUGCCUGCAUCAUACGAUCCAGAAAGUCUAAAGAAUUUUCAUAAUAUUAAUUGA